GGGCGAUUCAAACUGGCGCCGUCUCCAGAGCGGGAACUCAUGGCCGACGACACCGGGGAGAGCUCCUUCACCUGAAGACGACGAGCGGCCGCGGCUCGUCCCCCGAGCUCCGGGAUCAUGAGCUUUUCAACGCCACAGUCUGCCGGCUCCAAAGGCAGUGCCUCUUCCGGCAAUGUGUUUGUGUCCCCUGGCUCCAGACGGCAGCCGCUCAGUGGCUCUGGCACCCCAGUGCUGCAGAGCUGCCCGCAGAACGACGAUGAACGGGAGAGGAAACAGCGAAGGCGCUCCAGAGUGAUCGACCUACAGUUUAGCGCUGAAUCGCCUCUCUCCAUACAGUCUCCCGUUAGCAAGCAAGCAGAGACAUCGCUGCCACCAAUCCCACAAUUGUCCAAUGCUCAGAUUGCAGAUCAUUAUUCCACAUGCAUCAAACUUUCAACAGAAAAUAAAAUCACCACGAAGAAUGUAUUUGGCUUACACCUCAUUGACUAUAUGACUGAAAUACUCAAGCAGAAAGAUUCCGAACUCACCAACUUCAAGGUAGCAGCUGGCACCCUAGAUGCCAGUGCAAAGAUCUACGCAGUGAGAGUGGAUGCUGUCCAUGCAGAUGUUUAUCGCGUCCUUGGAGGGCUGGGCAGAGAUGCUGCACCUGCAGAGACUGAGAAUAACCAGGAUACAGGUGGUGAAAAAGAAGAUUUGGACAAUUCUAAGAAGCGCUCGAUUAAGAGGAAACAUCUGUACAAAACCAUUGAACAAAAUUUGAAUAACAUCAAUGUCUCUGAGACAGAGCGCAAAUGUGAGAGUGAUCCCAUGUUCCAGAAGACGGCCUCGUCCUUCGAUGAAUGCAGUACAGCUGGGGUGUUCCUCACCACGCUCCACACGCACAGCUACCUCAGCGAAGUCCUGUUCGAUUCCAUGGUCGUUCCUCUGCCAUCUUCUGGGACUUCUGAGAUACCAAGUUCGUCUCCUGUGAAAGUGACUGACUUAAAAUCCAUCCUUCUACGUUGCGUUGAAAACUCCGCCAUUUGCCCUUCCUUGUCUGGCUUUCUGUUUACUCAGUGGGACAGCGAAACCCAUAACGAGUCAGUCUCCGCUCUACUGGAUAAAUUCAAGAAGAGCGACCAGGCGUUUGACAUCAACGCAGAGCUGGAGAGCGAGUCUCUGGAGGAUAGAAUGGAAGACGAUUUUGACGCCGACGUUCUAGACAAGACGAUGGCAAGAGAUCUCGGCGAGUUCUCCGAAAAGCUGGAGGCCUGCCAAAUGGCACCGGAAUGCUCGAGAGAAAUCCAGGUUUCCAUGAGAGAUGGGGAUAUCGGGUCCAUGUGCCUACAGCUGUCCAUGAACCCCAGCGAGUAUUCUUACUUCAGCCCCCGGAUCAUGUCCAUGUGGGCAGGCCCAGAACACUGGCGCUUUAAGCCACGCCAUAAAGGUGACGCCAACUCUGAGAGAGUCAGCAAAAGGAAAACCAUGAAGAAAGUCUUUGAGGUCAAUUUUGAGGAGGAGGUUGACUUUGGAUUUUACUUCCGCAAAACUCGGGCAUCCACAGUUCUGUCCAAGUCCACCCUCCAGAACCAAAACAAGAAAAGCAACACCCUCCCAACAGACUUCCAUUACGAUCCAGACAACCUCACUCAGCUGUUCCUCAAACCUCAGAUCAGGCUCUCGAAGAUGCUACUCCAGGGCCGUUCACCCAAUCACGACGACGAUGAUGAAAUCGGAGAAUAUGAUUACAACAAUCCCAACGAUACCUCCAACUUCUGUCCCGCAGUGCAGGACGUCGACAGCGAUGAUGACAACGAGCCUAUAAACUUUAUAGGCCAGGGAGGGAUGUUUGAAAUGACAGCGAAUCCUAUGGGUGGAGAUGACCCAGAUGGAGAACUUGAUGGAAAGGUCAAAGGAUUCAACAUCUCCACCUAUGGUGAAGCCAACAUGGUAGCUGAGCCUCAAAAGGUGAACAAAAUAGACAUUCAAUAUGCAAAAACUGCCAAAAAAAUGGACAUGAAGAGGCUCAAGCAGAGCAUGUGGCACCUCUUGACAGAGGUCUCAAAGAAUCAGACCGAGGAAGAGAGUGAAGGCCCAGAGAAAAAGGUCAACUCUUCAUUCAUCUCUAGCCCAAAGGUCUUCAGUAGCAUCACCAAGGAGCUACUUCACAGCCUGCCUUCCGUGAUGGCGAAAAACCUGUCAGUGCCGUUGGCGUUUGCCUGCCUCUUGCACCUGGCUAACGAAAAGAACCUGAAACUACAAGGGGUGCAAGACUUGUCUGAAGUCUUAGUGCUCCAAGAAGAUUAACCGGUGCUACUCGACACGCUGCAGCCUCCAAAGAGGGAAUUUUCUCUGCCCUUUUGAGACUUUUCCUCCAGCGCGUCAAGCGGAGGCCCUGAUUCCAUCGGUUCUUCCUGGGACACAACAGGGUGCAAAUCGCAUUAGGAUUUCGGUUGGUCAAACCUGCUUGUCUUUUAAAACGAGUCCUGGGUGUUUCUAGCUCCUCCUGAAUUUGGCCCCUGAGUGCAGAAGGAGCCUUUUUAACUGUGUGUUCUUGUCACAAUUGCGGCUCUUGUUAUCCCAUCCUGCUUUUUU